GCUAAGAAUGCAGCUUAGCUGGCAAGUCUUGUCGUUUCGGGCUACCAAGGGCACCGGCACGGCAAAAGCUAAAACCAUCGUCAAGUUGGAUGAUCUAUGUCAAUCUACCAUUAAGAAACUAGAGGAGAAGAAUGCGGACUUGGGCAAAGUGGCACAGUGGUAUACUCGAAGAUGGGAUGAAAUGGGCGCGGCAGAGACUGAUAUACCUCAGGGUGAACGGAAACUCGAUCCUGAAUCGGAACACAGCCCGACCCCCUACGAAAGGACCAUGACAGCAAAACACGCAGCUAGAGAAGGCUUAGACUCUUUAGAAGUCCACAAGUAG